AUGCUGGCUGAGGGGGGGGGCAGUAUUGCAAUGGUAGUGAGAGAGGCAGAGAAAGAACUGAACAUGAAUAAACUGACUGACAGAAGAGAUGACACCUCACUGCAAGGUAUGAUGACUAUUAUCACAGCUGCAAGAGAAGCAGGAGAAGAAGAAGAAGAAGAUGUGACAAUGAGAGCAGUGCUUCUGCAGUCUAUUAACAUCACUGUCUCUGUCUUCAACCUGGCUUUCUUGACAGUCACAGAGGCCGCAGCCACAUCAUGA